GCGCCCCUGCUUAUUGGCUCAUCCCCCGGGCAGGCGGCGGCCCAUUGGUGGUCGGUCACGUGGGAAGCGUUGGUUUCGGAAGAGUCGCCGGCCGCAGGCACGGGUCACCGAGAGGAUGUCAGACAUUCCCGAGGAAGACGAGACAAUCAGCCGGAUGUCACAGGCUGUGACGGAGGCACAGAUCAUCGACACGAUGGCAGAUGUUUUCGAGGAAGACGACACGAUUGGCCAGAUGCCACCCGCUGUGGCGGAGGAGAUAUCGGUGGAGACUCUAGGAGCUGGGGCAGACGAGUGGCUGGACGUCUCCCAACCCUCGGUGAGUGAGAAUAUUCUUGAGAACGCAGAUGCGGAGGGUAUCCCCUCGGACUUGGAUCGAAACUAUCAGGUGCCGGCCACACUGACCAUGUUCCUCCCACCCCAGACGCCUGGAGACUCCCAGGAUGUCACGCAAGACAUCUUAACAGAAGAUGGGGCGGCGCUGGAGGGCGAGGCGGCACUCAGUGCAGCUGCUGACUCUCACUCCGUCACAGCAGCCAGUGGCGAACGCCGCGUGCUGGGAGGGACAGAGGGAGCCAGUACUAAGUCUCCAGGCCAGACCGUACCACCAGUGACGCCACCAGUGAGAGACGUGCAGGACAUCCAGGAUCUGAGAUCCCAGGAGGGGGCAGGGAGCGUCCGUAGGAGACAGUGGACCAGCUCCGGAAAGCCCAGCCCACGUCCGGCACUGGCUGUCCCAGCCGAGGAGGGGGACUGGGGUGGGGUCACCCUGAACAAGUGCCUGCUAGUGGCCCUGCUGCUGGUGGGUGUGGGCUUCGGGAUCUUCGGUCCUGCUACCCACCGCAGACCUGACCAAGACCCCGAGCAGCUGGCGGCGGACUCUGAGCUGCUGGACAAGCGAGCAGCAGACGAGAAUCAGCAUCGUGCCGCUGACGUCCGCCCCGGGAGCUCGCUAUGGACCGAUCCCACACUGGAGAAACCGGGAGGAACGCCCCACAGCUUCGGCUCUCUGGAAGUGCCGGUGGAUAACAAAAGCGAUCACAUUCAGGCGAAGCUGGAGAGCUGCCUGCAGACAGUUUUCCACCUCGAUGGACAAGAACAGAGCGAAAGCAGGGCGCAGACGGCCAAGCUGAACCCGCUGGAGGGCAGGCGUCUGGUGAAGGCAGCAGAGGGUCCUGAGGGCAGGGAGGAGGAGGUGGGGAGGCGGGACCGAGGCAAACGGAGGUGGCAAGAGGAGGAGAGGGUCAGACAGCAAGACGGGAAGGAGGAGGGUCGCAAACGGUGGGACAGGGACAUGGGUGGGUGGCAAAAAGUCACGGGCAAGCAGGGCAGAAACCAACCAGACGGGAGGGAUGGACACAGACAGGAGAAGGAGGGUGGACAUCAGAGAGUUGAGGAGGAAGGAGGCAGACUGUGGCAAGAUGGGGACAAAGGCAGCAGACAGUGGUACAAGGAGGACAGAGGGGCGGAUAAGAGACCAGCCAAAGAGGCAGGCACUGAGCAGCGGGGCAAGGCUGAGGGAGGCAGACGGUGGGGAGGGAAGGAAGGCAGACGGGGAGUCGAGGAGGGAGACAGACGGUGGGGAGGGAAGGAAGGCAGACGGGGAGUCGAGGAGGGAGACAGACGGUGGGGAGGGAAGGAAGGCAGACGGGGAGUCGAGGAGGGAGACAGACGGUGGGGAGGGAAGGAAGGCAGACGGGGAGUCGAGGAGGGAGACAGACGGUGGGGAGGGAAGGAAGGCAGACGGGGAGUCGAGGAGGGAGACAGACGGUGGGGAGGGAAGGAAGGCAGACGGGGAGUCGAGGAGGGAGACAGACGGUGGGGAGGGAAGGAAGGCAGACGGGGAGUCGAGGAGGGAGACAGACGGUGGGGAGGGAAGGACGACAGACGGGGAGUCGAAGAGGGAGACAGACGGUGGGGAGGGAAGGAAGGCAGACGGGGAGUCGAGGGAGACAGACAGGGUGACAAGGAGAGGGAGAGGUGGUGGGACAAGAAGGAUAAAUGGCAGGGAGACGAACAGGGCAGACAGAGAGUCAAUGAGGGUAGACGGGGAGAGGAGGGGGGCAAAUUUCACGGAGCCAAGGUGAGUAGACAGGGCGAUUGGAAAGGGGACAGAUGGUGGGGCAAGAAGGAUGGACGACGGGGAGAUGAAAAGGGGGGGAAACGGCAAGAAGACAAGGGAUGGCGCAGGAGGCGGGGAGACGAGGAGGAAGGAAGCAAAUGGGGAAAAGAGAGGGACAGACGCCAGCACGGGGAUCAGCCAGCCUGUGGGGACGUGCCGAGCUGUGCCCAGCGGGAAGGACAGGAGCUGUUUGGUCUGGACCUGCCCCCUGUCACGGAGCCCCAGCUGGCCUCGGCAGUUGCUGACUACAUCCGCCAGUCCGGCUUGAGCCCGGCGCUAGCCCAGCAACUGACCGCCCGGGCUGCUUCCUUCUUCCCGGGCGGAGUUUUUGCCCACCACCAAGAGAGCCUCGCCGCGUUCCUGGACCGGCUCGAGGAGGAGGUGGAGGAGGCAGCUGAGAGGGAGUUCGGAGACGAUGAAGCAGUCACAGACUUUGAGGACUAUGUCUGGGCCCGGCUAGUGGGGGAGGAGGCCAUCCGCGACAGGAACGCCAGGAAGCAGAAGGCGGCAGAUCAUCACCACAGGCAACAGGGAGAUCGUCGGGCACCGGGGGACAGCCACAAGAGGGAGCGGGAAGGGAAGUGGUCGCCGAGGGUGAGGGAGGUGGGCAGGUGACUCCAUAGAGUCUGGUCACCAUUGUGUGUGUGUGUGUGUGCGUGCGUGUGUGUGUGGGGUGCUUCAUUGACAAUCUACCACAAGCUGCCCGUAAAUCUCCUGUGUUUGCCUCACAUUUGCGAUAGACCUGUGGGUUGACAUUGUUCAUCUUUCCUUGCCGCCCCUCCCAAAUGCAAACUCUGCCUGCUCCUGUGAGCCCCCUUCCCUCUCCCUCCUCCUUAACUCACCCCCUAAAGACACUUCAACUUCUGGAACCGCCCUGACUCUGGGGGAUUUGGGCCUGUGAUCCUGGUGUGAGAUCUCUUCCAGACCUCCCCCAGUCUCUGAAUGCCCUUUCAUGGAGCUGACUCUGUUGGUUAGUGUGCUCGCUCCUACUGGGAUCUUCCCAUGUAACUCGGGGUGUAUCGGAAGGUGGGCUGUUGCUGGGGUGCGCAGGGUGAGCCUCUUGUCGCAGCAAGUCCUUUCCUUGGGAGUUUUCGCCAGUCACCGGUUUAACCCACCAAAUCCACACGUCGUCGGGAUAUGGGAGGGAACGGGAACGACGGGGAAUCACAGGGGGAGCAGACACUCUGCACACAUUCACCGCCAGAGGUGGGAAUCGAACCUACACCCAGCAGCUCUACCCACUGCGCCACAGGUCCACGGUGGGCCCAGGGGUGGGGUUAAUUCACCUGAAGCACAGGAAGAGUAAUAUAGAUCAUGGAACUGACAGCAAUAAUUUAUCUGAAACUGUGCCUCAAUUCAUAGAUGUUUCAGGGUACCUCACUGUCGUGAUCGGUAGUCUGACUUGAGUUGCACUGGGGGGCAAGGUGUAUUUGUUCAUCACAGUAUCAGAGCUGGUUCUCUUUGUCUUUCUUUGGGUUUUCUCAGUAAACAUAGUCCAAUUUGUACCCUCCAAAGGAGCUUCACUCUGUGUCUGACCCCGGGAGUGUGUGAUGGGACGGUGUGGAGGGAGUUUCACUCUGUGUCUGACCCCGGGAGUGUGUGAUGGGUCGGUGUAGAGGGAGUUUCACUCUGUGUCUGACCCCGGGAGUGUGUGAUGGGACGGUGUGGAGGGAGUUUCACUCUGUGUUUGACCCUGGGAGUGUGUGAUGGGACGGUGUGGAGGGAGUUUCACUCUGUGUCUGACCCCGGGAGUGUGUGAUGGGACGGUGUGGAGGGAGUUUCACUCUGUGUCUGACCCCGGGAGUGUGUGAUGGGACGGUGUGGAGGGAGCUUCACUCUGUGUGUCUAUUCUGCACUAAAGAUUUUAUGGUGUUGAUACUUAAUAAAUAAUAUUUCUGGAACGUGCACGGUUUUGAAAUAGUAACUAUUUAAUUGGGUUCGAGUUAGGCUUUGGUUUAGCCCUUACCCUAAGUAUUUAAUUGAUUGAGUGAAUCUUGUGGACUUGAUGUUAAAGUCAGUGUCAAGAUUGUGUACAUAUUGAAUAAAACUGACUUUCAACUUCA